GUUGGACGUUGGACGUUGGACGUGGAUGAGGAGAAAAGACGAAGGCCGUGAUGUGUGACGUCACGAGUCUAUAUACCUGAGGCCGAUAAUUAUGCCCUGCAUAAUCUGUAUAAUUAGAUAAGCAACACCGAUAAGAUAACACAAUCCCCCGCAUCGUCUUGGGCUUCGGGGAAACUUCAACAUCGCCAGAUCAGCCCACACAUUCUAUAUUGCUUGCUCCCUUCCCCAUGAGUGACCUUCUCCGUUCCUUUGCCAAAGCCAAGCUCGCUCAACUCCCCGCGGAUCCACCCGUCCCUGUCAUGGACCCGCCGCGGGAGGACGACGAGGAGCAUGAGUCCUCGUCCGUCUCGUCCUCCAACACCGUGGUUCCCUCUCCCAGCCGCCAGCUAUUUUCCCGGCCAGACAGGACAACCCAAUCCACCCUCCCCUGGACCGACUUCUUCACCCAGGAGCUCUUCCUCCCCAACCCCGCCACCCACAUCACGCACCAUGUCUAUCUAACGCCUCCCUCCGCCGCCUCCGCGCCGCUCUUCGUCAUGCACCACGGCGCAGGCUCGUCGGGUCUCUCCUUCGCGACUUGCGCCGACGAGAUCCGCCACAUCCUCCCCAACGCCGGCAUCCUCUCCGUCGACGCCCGCGCGCACGGCCAAACAGCAGGUACAAAUGGGGAAGAAGAACAAGCGGAAGGCGACAACAUGGAUCUCCGUCUGGAGACGCUCUCCCAAGACCUCGUCUUCGUCAUCCGCGAGACACACGCGCGCAUGCACUGGGAGAAGCCACCGGAUAUGGUCCUCGUGGGCCACAGCCUCGGGGGCGCGGUCAUCACGGACGUUGCGCGGAGCGGCGAGCUGGGGGCUAAGUUGUUGGCGUAUGCAGUGCUGGAUGUUGUGGAGGGCUCCGCAUUAGACGCCCUCCAAAGCAUGGAACAGUACCUCUCCACACGACCCUCACGUUUCCCAUCCGUCGCAUCAGGCAUAGACUGGCACACCCGCUCCCGCACAAUUCGCAACAAGGCCUCCGCGCGCGUCUCCGUGCCCUCCCUCCUCGACGAAGAGUCCUCCCCCUCCGACCCGCAAAAGCCCUGGGUCUGGCGCACCAACCUAGCAGCUACCAAGCCCUUCUGGGAAGACUGGUUCGUAGGCCUCAGUCGCAAGUUUCUCGAAGCCAGGGGAGGCAAGUUGUUGCUGUUGGCUGGGACAGACCGGUUGGAUAAGGAGUUGAUGAUUGGUCAGAUGCAGGGAAAAUACCAACUCCAAGUCUUCCCCGAAGCAGGCCACUUCAUCCAGGAGGACCAGCCGAGCAAAACAGCGCAGAUCCUCGUCGACUUUUACAAGCGCAAUGAUCGCAGUGCCCUGGUGCUGCCGCCCAAGGUGGCUGAUAUGCAGGCUUCUGCUGCGAUGCGGUCUGGAUCGGGGACUGCGGCUGGGGCUGGGGCUGGGGCUGGGGCCGGCGUGCUGGCUGCGCAAAAAGGGGACCGGACGGGGUCGCUGAAGAAGUCUUAGUUGCACAGUAUACAGGUUAUAUACGG